AUGAUGCAAAACAAAAGAUCCGUGCGUGCUCAGUCUGCUCACGCCGUGAGGUGAAUAUGAAAGGCUGUGAAGCGACGGCGUCUCACGAAGUCUCCACCGGGCUUGAGUAAAAUAAUAAUGCGGUUACAAGGGCAUCUACUCGUAUGAAAGCGGGUGUAAUUGUGAGAUUUAGUGGUCAGGCUGAACUCAGAACUGAUGAAGUGGAGCAUAAGAACUGAGUGAAUCGUGACUGACAGCAUUUGGAAUGAAGGUUCCGGGGUCGGUGCGGCCCAUCCUGAGGCUACAGGCAGCCUUCAGACACCUAUAUCUCAUCGGAAAUGUGUGGAAGAGUGCGGCCUGUGACAUUUUGGUGGUCAGUGAGCAGCUCUGCUGGAGUCAGUCUGACUCUGCGUGUCGACCACUCGGUGCCAGCGAUGACGUGCAUAACCGUGUGAAACUGAACACCUGAGCGCUCGUGCCAGACCUGAUGGGACGCGUGCUCACAGAAGAGGCAGAUUGCAAAUAUUUUCACAAGUGAAGAGAGGUUUGAGUGGCAGAAAUGAGGGAGAGGUUCGCGCUUCAUCUUCUCAUCUUCGUGUUGACGCUGUUUUGGCACACCAGGUCAGUGUCCGCAGAUGCCACAACAGAUGCCUUCAAAAACAACAUCACACUCUUCACACGCAUCCUGGACCGCCUGCUGGACGGAUACGACAACCGGCUGAGACCCGGACUUGGAGAUCGAGUUACCACAGUGAAGACCGACAUCUACGUCACCAGUUUUGGCCCUGUUUCAGACACCGAUAUGGAGUACACCAUCGACGUGUUCUUCAGGCAGAGCUGGAAGGAUGAACGACUGAAGUUCGAGGGACCAAUGAACAUUCUGCGUUUGAACAACCUGAUGGCCAGUAAGAUCUGGACUCCAGACACAUUCUUUCACAACGGGAAGAAAUCUGUCGCGCACAACAUGACCAUGCCCAACAAACUGCUGCGUAUCCAAGAUGAUGGCACCCUGCUGUACACCAUGAGGUUGACAGUGCAUGCUGAAUGUCCGAUGCAUCUUGAAGAUUUCCCCAUGGACUUCCACUCCUGUCCGCUUAAAUUUGGCAGCUAUGCUUACACAACGACAGAAGUGACGUACACCUGGACGAAGAACGCAUCCAACUCUGUGGUGGUAGAAGAAGAGAGCUCUAGACUGAACCAGUAUGACCUACUGGGACAAACUGUGGGGAACGAAACCAUCAGAUCCAGCACUGGUGAGUACACUGUGAUGACAGCCCACUUCCACCUGAAGAGGAAGAUCGGUUAUUUUGUGAUUCAGACGUACUUGCCGUGCAUCAUGACCGUCAUCCUAUCCCAGGUGUCCUUCUGGCUGAACCGAGAGUCUGUUCCAGCCCGAACUGUAUUUGGUGUGACCACUGUACUGACUAUGACCACUUUGAGUAUCAGCGCUCGUAACUCCCUGCCGAAAGUCGCCUACGCCACAGCCAUGGAUUGGUUCAUCGCCGUGUGUUACGCCUUUGUCUUCUCCGCCCUGAUUGAGUUUGCUACAGUCAACUACUUCACCAAGCGCGGCUGGGCUUGGGAUGGCAAGAGCGUGGUCAAUGACAAGAAAAAGGAGAAAGCUUCAGUCAUCAAGAAGAACAACGCCUAUGCCGUCGCCGUGGCGAACUACGCCCCCAACAUCACCAAGGACACGGUCCUCCCCACCAUCGCCAAGGGGAGCGUAGCCGAACCGGGAAAGACGAAAGCCGACGGAAAACCGGCCGAGGCGAAGAAAACCUUCAACAGCGUGAGUAAAAUCGACCGCAUGUCCCGUAUCAUGUUCCCAGUUCUCUUCGGGACAUUCAACCUGGUUUACUGGGCGACGUAUUUGAACAGAGAACCCGUGAUCAAAGACAUGGUGCCCUCUUAUUAGACGUCGUCCAGGGUUGCGAUGGGUUCCACUAAGCAGGACUAAAGACUCGGCCAAAACCACCCAGGGACUCUGAAUAUAAUCACGCUCCGACGCUCUUUCCCAUCUGCUCCAGACAGACAUGUCAUGGAUUGUUGCAAGAUGCCUUUCUAUCUCUCUCUAUCUCUCGUCGCUCUUUUCUACAGCUUUUUCAGCAGUGCUUUUAAAAUGACAUUUGCCUUUGUACAUAUGUACGUAGUGAAAAUGAUGUGUUACGUUUGGUUUGACGUGUUUAGCCCUGUGAGAAUCUGACUGUGGACCUCUCUCUGUGAUAUAGAUUAGCAAAUUAUAGUGAUUUAUUUAUUUAUUUAUUUAUUGUUACACUUUAUUUCGAUAGUCCACUUUACACAUUCUACUAAUUGCAAGUAAGUUUGCAGCUACAUAUCAUCUAACUCUCAUUAGAGUAUUAGUAGACUGUUAGGUUAGGGUUUGUAGAAUAAGUUGAUAUGUAUUUACAGUUAAAAAGUAAAAAAAAAAAUGUCUGUUUUGUGAGAUCAAAAUAAAGUGUUAAAAGUGUAGAUAUUAAGCAGACAGUCUAUUAAUACUCUAAUGAGAGUUAGUUGACAUGUAGGUGCAGUGUUACUUAUACUGGUAGUCAACAGAAUGUCUAAAAAGGUAAAGAGUGUUACCAUUUAUUUAUUUGGUGUAAACGUUACGAUUUUUCGUGAUGGUGCUUGUUUUUGACUAGCCUUUUUUAAAUAUAUAUAUAUUUAAAAGACCAAGCUCUUUUGUGCUCAUGGUCUGAUAUUUUGUGCUGGGCCCAUACACAAAAAAAAAAACAUGAAAUCAACCGUUUACACACAUUGCUGUAUCUUUACCGUAUGUGAUUUUAUUUUCUUCCGUUAAACCAGGAAUGUUCUAUUAACUGCAUUUUGGAUGAUAAUGUCAACAUGGUUUUCUAUCUG